AUCAGAAGUUAUCGGGAGAACAGACCACAUUAAAAAGCGGCUCAACUCACUCAAUCUUGAAUGCUCCUCGCCUGCCUCGGUCAUUGUCACCAACAACUCGGGCGCGUCGUCGGCCCUCACCAUCAAGACUCUGAUCUUGAAAUAUUGCAAAACGGCCAGCGACAAUCAUGAGCGGACGAGUCCUUGCUGCAGGGCUACGGCCUCUCCCACGCCGCGCUGCGGUUCUUCCCGUUAGACACCUGCAUCGCCAAUCUACUGGCGGACUUCUUCAAGCCGAUGCUGCGAUACGAGCCACCCGAAAGCGAAUGUGGCAAGGGGGAAAUGCAUUUCACAAUGCUGUUACUACGAGAAAUGCCUCCUUCGCGAGGUUUUUGCCUAAGCUGAUGGUCAAGUUUCUAAGGGUACCGGCAAUGUUUGGCGGUGUGGCCAUAGGUGCUUUUGCUUGGGUACAAUACCAAGCUGCCCAGGCCGGUACAUUCGCCGUGAAUUUAUUCAACACAACAACAAAUACCAUUUCGAGUACGGCUUCGAGCUUAUUCGGAGGUGCCAAGGAUAUCGCCGACCAGGUCAACCGAGGAUGGGAAAGUACAAAAGAAAAGGCAGAAUUACCCGACUGGGCCAAACAACUUCUUCGAAUCCAGGAGGACAUUGGUACCGGCGGUUCGGGAGGUUCGGGCGGCGGUGGUGAGCCAAAGCAGAGCAAAUUCGGUGCCGCAGCUGCUGUUGGUGCCUCAGCGGCCGCCUACGGAUACGACAAGUCGGAUGAAGAGGACCCUCGAAACGGCGAACAGGCGGCUAAGGAUGACCAAAUGAUGGUUCUGACCAAGAAAAUGAUUGAGAUCCGAAGCAUUCUUCAGAGGGUCGGACAGUCGAGCACUCUCACACUCCCCUCCAUUGUCGUUAUUGGUUCUCAGUCCUCAGGAAAGAGCUCUGUCUUGGAGGCUAUCGUCGGUCACGAGUUUCUGCCCAAGGGCUCCAACAUGGUGACAAGGAGACCCAUUGAACUGACGCUCGUCAACACGCCCUCAUCCAGGGAAGAAUAUGGUGAAUUCCCUGAUCUCGGAUUGAGACAUAUUACCGACUUCGGAUCAAUUCAGCGCACUUUGACCGAGCUUAACCUUGCUGUUCCUGAUAGCCAGUGUGUCUCCGACGACCCGAUUCAUCUUACAGUUUAUUCCCCCAACGUUCCCGACCUGUCACUUAUCGAUCUUCCCGGCUAUAUCCAAGUUGUGGGACAAAACCAACCUCUGGAACUGAAGCAGAAGAUUUCCGAACUCUGCGACAAGUACAUUCAGCCUCCCAAUGUCAUCCUCGCCAUUUCAGCUGCCGAUGUGGAUCUUGCAAAUUCCACUGCUCUUCGAGCAUCCCGUCGAGUUGAUCCCCGAGGCGAGCGAACUAUCGGUGUUAUUACCAAGAUGGACUUGGUUGACCCUGUCCGCGGAGCAAGCAUUUUGAAUGACCAGCAAUACCCUCUGAGAUUGGGUUACGUGGGUGUUGUUCCUAAGGCUCCUCAGAACCAGGGUCUCUUUAAGAUGGGCAACACUAACCUGCUCUCACAAAUUGUCAAGCACGAGAAUGCUUUCUUCUCAUCUCAUCCCAUGGAGUUCGGUCCCGAAGCUGGUGUUAAUGUUGGAACCACCACAUUGCGUAAGAAGCUCAUGCACGUUUUGGAACAGACCAUGUCUAGCAGCCUGCAAAGCACCAGUGAUGCUAUUCGACAAGAACUCGAGGAAGCCACUUACGAGUUCAAGGUCCAGUACAACGACCGACCUCUCUCAGCAGAGUCUUACCUUGCGGAGAGCCUUGACGCUUUCAAGCACUCUUUCAAGCAAUUCGCAGAGGAGUUCGGCCGCCCUCAAAUGCAUGAGCUCCUAAAGCAUGAGCUCGACCAGAAGGUCCUUGACUUGUUAGCAGCCAGAUAUUGGAACAAGCCCAUCGAUGACCUUUCACCGAUCAACCCCGACCUCGACAACCUUGCCGAUCUCCCCAAGGCUCCUGCUGACUCCCUUUACUGGCACCGACAGUUGGAUGCUUCCACAUCCGCGCUUACGAAGCUUGGUGUGGGACGUUUAGCCACAACAGCAGUUGCGUCUUCCAUCCAGGCCCACAUCGACUCCCUAAUCAGCAACUCCAGCUUCGCUAGCCACCCCUUCGCCCGACAGGCCAUCAUGGAGGCUGCCUCUACCAUUUUGAACGAGAGAUUUUACAGCACCAGCGACCAAGUGGAAAACUGCAUCAAGCCUUACAAGUUCGAGAUUGAGCUUGAGGACCGAGAGUGGACCAAGGGUCGCGAUCACGUUGGAGGCGUACUCAAGAAGGAGCUCCAGGACUGCGAAAAGGCCAUGAAGGACUUGGAAGACAGCGUCGGCGGACGACGAAAAAUCAAGGAAGUCAUGGCAUUUGUCGAUAAGGCCCGCAAGGGUGAGGUCGCUGUCGAGGGUGACAACCGUAGUGGCGCUGGUGGUUUCAGCGCCGCUCUUCUGAGCAAGGGACGUGAGGCUGUUUUCUUGCGCGACAGAGCUGAUAUUAUCAAGAUGCGCCUGCUUGCAGUCAAGGCAAAGCAGUGUGCUGACCCCAAGAACAAAUACUACUGCCCCGAGGUAUUCCUCGAUGCUGCUGCCACCAAGUUGGCAUCCACUGCCGUCCUUUUCCUCAACGUUGAGCUCCUUUCCGAGUUCUACUAUAACUUCCCCCGAGAGCUUGAUCUUCGUCUAGGACGCCACCUGUCCGAGGAACAAAUCGAGAAGUUCGCCAAGGAGGAUCCCAAGAUCCGCCGACACUUGGAGGUCAUCCGCCGCAAGGAACUGCUUGAGUUAGUCCUCGAGAAGAUGGAGAGUCUACGACAACUUGAGGGCCGCGAUCGCGAGAAGUCAAACUCCAACUCGCGACGGGACCGCAAACAGAGCCGAUGGGGUCUGUUCUAAACGGGCUACCCCUUUUAAAAUGAGAAAUGAGGUCAUACUCGGAGUAAGGAGUUGAAUGCUUGGUUGUUGAUUUUAGAAUAUCACCGCAAUCAGAAAGACAAGACAAAAUUGCCUGAGAAACGCGGUUGUUGGGGUAUGCUUAAGUGGGACUUACUGGUCUCUUUAAAUGUAUCUUGUCAACAUAUAUAUGUAUGCAAAACCGAUUGAUGGUGGGCGGAUGAGGGCACGUUGUAUGAGGAUGUGGAUAGAAGUGCUUGAUUGCACGCAAGGAUACCCUCCUCAAUAACAUUGAAUAGUACAAUCUACUCAAAUAACGAUAACUA